CUGUGCUCUGGCCCCGCCCCGUACCUCGGCUGGGCUCUGCAUCCCAGAGGAAGCCCGCCGCCUCAGCAGAGCCAGGACCUGCCCACGCCCGAAGCCGCGCACCCCGAGCUUGGGUGGCCGCAGCGGCCCGAGUGUCUAGGCUUGGAAAGAUGGCCGCUCUGACGACGGUAGUGGUGGCGGCGGCGGCCACGGCUGUAGCCGGGGCUGUGGCGGGGGCGGGCGCGGCCGCUGGGACCGGCGUAGGAGCAGCGCCGGUGCCGCAACAGAAUGAUGGCUGUCUUGGUACUUCAGGUGGAAUUUGUCCUUUUCAGCUUCAAAACUGGAAGCAGAAAGUUAAUCGGACUAAGAAGGCAGAAUUCAUACGCACGGCAGAAAAAUUUAAAAAUCAAGUUAUUAACAUAGAAAAAGAUAAACAUAGUCAUUUCUACAACCAAAAAAGUGACUUCAGAAUGGAACACAGUAUGCUGGAAGAACUGGAAAACAAAUUGAUGAACAGCAGGAAAACAGAAAGAGCAAAAAUCCAGCAACAAUUGGCCAAAAUACACAACAAUGUAAAGAAACUUCAGCAUCAGUUAAAAGAUGUGAAGCCUACACCUGACUUUGUGGAAAAGCUCAGAGAAAUGAUGGAAGAAAUUGAAAAUGCAAUUAACACUUUUAAGGAAGAGCAGAGGUUGAUCUAUGAAGAGCUUAUUAAAGAAGAGAAAACAACUAAUAAUGAGUUGAGUGCCAUAUCAAGAAAAAUUGACACAUGGGCUUUAGGUAAUUCAGAAACAGAGAAAGCUUUCAGAGCAAUGUCAAGCAAAGUUCCUGUAGACAAAGUAACCCCAAGUACUCUUCCAGAAGAAGUGGUAGAUUUUGAAAAAUUCCUUCAGCAAUCAGGAGGGCGACAAGGAGGCUGGGAUGAUUAUGAUCACCAGAACUUUGUAAAGGUGAGAAACAAGCAUAAAGGGAAGCCAGCAUUUAUGGGAGAAGUUCUAGAACACCUUCCUGGAAGAACACAGGAUGAAGUUCAACAGCACGAAAAGUGGUAUCAAAAAUUUCUGGCCCUAGAAGAAAGAAAAAAAGAGUCUAUUCAGAAUUGGAAAACCAAAAAGCAGCAAAAAAAGGAGGAAAUUUUCAAAUUAAAGGAAAAGGCGGAGAACAUACCUAUGCUUUUUCAUAAUAAACAGGAGGACAAUCAAAAGCAAAAGGAAGAACAAAGGAAGAAGCAGAAAUUGGCAGUUGAAGCUUGGAAAAAACAGAAAAGUAUAGAAAUGUCAAUGAAAUAUGCUUCCCAGUUAAAAGAAGAGGAAGAGAAGGAGAAAAAGCAGCAGAAAGAGCGCCAACGCCAGUGUAAACUAAAAUUGCUGCUAGAAAAUUACACCCAGCAGAAGAAAGAACAGGAAGAAUUUUUGAGACUUGAAAAGGAGAUAAGGGAAAAGACAGAAAAGGCAGAAAAAAGGAAAACUGCUGCUGAUGAAAUUUCCAGAUUUCAAGAAAGAGAUUUACAUAAACUUGAAUUGAAAAUUCUAGAUAGACAAUCAAAGGAGGAUGAAAAGGCAGAAAAACAAAGAAAAUUGGCAAAAUUAAAAGAAAAGGUUGAAAACAAUGUUAGGAGAGAUCCCUCUAGGCUUUACAAACCUACUAAAGGUUGGGAAGAACGGACCAGAAAGAUAGGACCAGCAGGCUCUGGGCCACUUCUGCGUAUCCCACAUAGGGCUAUUCCAACCUGGAGACAAGGAGUUUAGUAAAGAAUAUGGGAUAAUGAAAUUGGUGUUCAGUUGAUAAGAAUGUUUGCACAUUCAGUUAAACAAGGAGAGAGUGACUAACCGUGUUCUUUAAAUAUCGCUAGCCUAGUCAGAUUGACUAUUGUGUCAUAUGUGAAUUGACAAGUAUGAAGUUCCAUGUGGCUUUGUCACUAGUAUUUCCUGUUUAUACUAAGAGGGUAUUUAAUGUAUAAGUUGGCCUGUUAUUGAUGUAAAAGUUCUCUGAAUAAGUUUAUGUUAGAAAUAUUUCAUUUAAACAGAACAUUUCAAAGAUACUUUGUUUUUGUCAUGGCAUAGCAAAAGAAACUAACACAAUCAUAGAAUGACAUUUUUAAAUGAAAAUUUUAUUAUAACUUGGAGCUAAAUUAGCUUGAGUAAAGUGGAAAGUUUUUUUUGAGUUAUGAAAUAAGUUAGUACUUUUUCUAAGUUAAACAAAUGGGUAAUUUGUCAGUUACUACACUUUUGUCUAACAAAUAUUUUGUAUUUGUUUCAAGCAUGCUUUGUUUUAUAUAGAGAAUAUUUAUUUUAAAAAUAUGCCUCUCACCUCAUAUAUACCCUAUUAUUUGUAUUAUUGAUAUAAUCUUUUUGGUUUCCUUCAGCUAUUUCAAAUUUCCUUUGAGCCCUUCUGGACUUCACAUAUUUAUAAAAUCUUCGUGUCUUCCACAUCUUCCUGGCUCAGCAGUUUUCUUUUCUGCUCUGUUUGUCCCAAAAUAUGAACAUUCUCUGUUUUGAAACAUCAUCUGAAAUAAGCUGGCUUUAGAAUCCUGAUUUCUCUUGGUGGUGUUUAAAAUGUUUUAAAAUUGCUGGACUACUAUAUUUGGUCAAAAGAAUCAAUUUUAAAAUUUCCAAACUUCUGUAAAGAAAAACACCAUUUAACCUAAUUUGACUUUACUUUUCAUAUUAAAAAAUCUUAAUUCCUGAGUUUAAUUAGUUCCCAUCUUAUAGAAAAGUUAUUAUAUACAUAAUAAAUAAAAGAAACUCAUUUCUUAUGAUUUUUAGUGUAUCUUUAAUUGUAAUUUGAUGUAUUUGGGUCAAAUGACUCAGGUAUUAAUCUACUAUGAGUAGUGGUCAAAACCUUUUCUUACUUUAUGGUUAUUAUUCAAAGUAGAUGGCUUCCAAAUUUUGGAAAAUAAAUUCUUAUUAUACAAUUUUGGGUGCAAAAUGAGAGAAUUAACAUAAAACAUUCUUAAUCAGGAAUGCCCAUGUUAUUUGUUGUACUUGUUCUUCUUAGCUUUUUUAAAUGAUUUGAGGCAGUUUAUAAAUAUAGAACAGGACAAGGGAAUUUAAAAACAGAACUGAACAGCUACAAGACACAGAAAGUAAAAGUUUAUUUAUGCAUUGCUUUCUAACUUGUUGCUUUUUGUUGUAUACAAAUGCAGCUUUCAGUUUCCUGAAUCUAAGGUAAGCCUACUGGGUGAUGUGAUUCUUACGGCUUUUUGUUUAUUUUUUGUUUGGUUUGUUAAUAAAAGAAAGUAUGAAAGUGAA